AUGGUGAACAGGAGGAAAUCGGACUUCGAUCACAAAUUUCCCGUCUUUGAAAACUUCUCGAGGGUUCUACCCGGCGAGGAGAGGAUUCACGAAAAUAUUCUCGUUGACAAGCCGAUUACCGGACCACCUGAUGAAACGGUCGCUACCGUAUACGAUGUACUAAAAAGGGCAGCCUCUAUCACUUCUAAUGGACCAUUUCUUGGCGAACUGAAAGGGGGAGAAUUCGUUUGGAAGACCUAUGAGACGAUUCUUCAUGAUGCCCAAGUUCUUGGCUCUGCUCUUUUGCACUUUGGUCUCGAACCCGGGGAAAACACUCGCGUAGGAAUCGCCGGAAUUCAUUCAGUCAGAUACAUGACUGCCCUACACGCGUUGGUCUCGUACAGUAUGGUGCUUGUACCACUCUAUCACAACUCGAAAAUUGAAACGCUCUGCGAAAUAAUCAACAAUUGUGAACUGGAGGUGAUUUUCUGCGAUAACGAGGCACGUGCCGAAUCGCUCAUCAGCAAAGUGAGCGCGGGUGAGAUCAGAGGACGAAAAAAGUUGGUGCUCCUGGAAUCAUCCGGAAAAGAGCCGAAUGGUCCACAUGACUCGAUUCCAGACUUGGAGGUGUACUCGUAUGACCAUUUCUAUGCGAUUGGAGAGAAAAAUCUUCAGCCAGUCGUUCCACCCACACCAUCUUCAGUCUACAUCAUAUGUUUCACAAGUGGUACCACAGGCCAACCGAAGGGAGUCCAACUGUCGCAUAGAUCGCUACUGGCCGCUGUUGCUGGACUCUACGUUCAAUGGGUUCCACCACCUAAUCGCUUCCACUUUGGCAGCGAUGACGUCUAUUUCAGUUUCUUGUCGUUGGCGCACAUUUAUGAACAUCUGAUGCAGACUUUCACCAUGUACGUUGGAGGGCGUGUCGGUAUAUACAGCGGCGACAUAUCACGAUUACUCUCUGAUAUUCAG